UUAAACUGAAAAUAACAAGGAUGGCUCCUAUGGUUACCAGAAACUGAACAAAAACUCAUCUCCUAUUCAUUCUUUUAAUUAAACUUUUCACCUCUUCUGUCAUAAAGCAUGAAUAAUCACAAUGUUUUUCUCUAUUAAAUCUCAGGGUUAUCUACCUUACCUUGCUGCAAAUACAUCUUAAUAGGGAGCUUAAGCAACGAUGACAAUGACGCUGAGGACGACGCCUAGUAAAAAAAUGAAUUUAUAUUUUACAAGCAAAAUUCGCAAUUGUCUAGAUCUGUUUGGUACCCUAAUGGCUCUAAAAAUGUGCUUAAGCUAAAUAUGCAACGACGGCGUUCAGUUGCAAAUGGAAAUACGAAAAAUUAGUCGUCCUCAUCCACGAUCCGUAGACGACACAGAACUUGGUCAUUUCUUGUUGUUGUUUUGCAGAGGAUGCCAAAGAAAUGUACAAAGAUUUAUACGCACGUGCACAGCUAUUGUUUUGCUCAGUAAAUCUUUUGUUUAGUGAUGUUCUCAUUGCCGUCUUCAUCAUGGUCUGCUUAAGCUUCCUAAUGACAUUUUAAUAGAACUCUUAUUGAUGAUAUCAGAAAGAUGCAUGUUGAGAGGAAAAUACAUUUAUAAUAAGAAAAUUGAAAGUCAAGGAAAGGCAAAUAAAAAUGUGUUCUUAGUUCCUUGUAAACACUGGGAUUUGGGGGCAUCCCUCUUCCCCUAGGAAUUUUCUAUUUUUAGAGGGUUGAAAAUAUAAUUUCCCAUGCUUUCCAGAGAACAGAUCAUAAAUCAAAACAUGGGAAAACUUUCACUAGUAUUUAGUCACUUAUGUUGUGUAUAUGUCAACCUUCAGGAUAAUUAUUAGGCCAGUUGUGAGUAACCUAACGUGUCAGUGUUUCAAAAUGAGUCCUCAUGCAAAACCUUUCAUGUAAAAAAUGAGGUUGAUUUGCAUGAAAAUGAAUCUUAUUGUAGAGGGAACACAUUUUCAUAUCACAAGUGAGAUCUUCAGACUACAGAAACCACAGACAAUUACAGAAACCACAGACAACAGAGGGAUUCUGUCGGUCGCGGAAUUAUAUAAAUUUAGUGUUUGGUUUUCACUUUAUCCCAAGAUUUACCCUCCCUCAUUAUAUCUUAAUUACUGAAAGUCUAAAUAAUUGCUUUUCUUUCAUAUCAAGAGUCACAUCAAGUCCUUAGUUUGAUGGAAAAAAAAAGAAUUGACAAGCAAGCUGGCACAGAUGGUUACUCAAGUGAAGCAACAGUUAAUUCAAUACGUCUAGAAAAAGGGAUGAUUAAAAAUUCAAAAUUUUGGUUGCUUUGCUAACCUUGCUAGAUAUUUUAAUAUCAUCCUUGGUUAAAAUAGCAACUCGAUAUAAUUAUCUUAGAAAACAGUUGUACAAUGAAAGCACUGAUAUGGAUCAUUUGCACUUGAGUGAUUCAACUGCCACCCCUGCCAAUCAUUCAGUCCCGUUGGCCCUGCACAUUGCAUUCAUUUGAUGGUUUGUGAAAAUAGUUUUUUUUUUUCAUUAAAAAUAUCCCAAACCCUCUUCAUUAGUGUUUAAUUAGGAUGUGAGCAGUUAUCUAAAUUCUUGUAUAACAAAAACAAUUAAAGGAUUUAUUUUGAAACAAAACAGAUUUGUUCCAUGACCAGUAGAAACUCAUCUGUUUUGUGGGUCUUCUGUAGUUGAAGAUCUUGCUUGUGACUGGUUAUUUAUGCAAUAAACAUUCCAAACGUAUUCAUAUUCAGUGUUCAGAUUUUUUUUUCAAGUUUGACUGUGAAUACUGGUAUUUAGCAGACAAUUUUCCCCAAUUUAAAUGAAGGAAAUACUUUUUCCUGGGUUUUCAGAGGUUAAUGCAUGUGUGUAGGUGCUUGUGGUCAUUAUAUGCCCCAGCUGCUACUCAGCAUCUGUCCUUUUUGCACCAUGCAAUACAAUGAAGACCUCUGUCAUUGUUACCACUGCUAGUCACUUACAAUACUCGUGAUGCUACAUGUAGUAAGAGAAACUGGAAGACUAGCUUUGCCAGAUGCAGAAUAUUUUUGUCAUGUGUUCUAUAAGAGCUGGCAUCCACAGUCAAGUGUUGAUUGUUACCCUUGAUCGACACUCAAUCAAUACUCAAUUGACACUCCCUCAACACUCAGUCAACAUCUCGGUCGACAGUCAGUUGAGAAUUCACUAAUUUUCGCAGGCACGACAUUGAGUGUGGAUCAAUAUAAAUGAAUUGGUCAACACCUGGCCAGCUAUCAACUGACUGUCAGUGAAGUGUUGAUCAGGUGUUGAUAGAGAUGUUGACCGAGUGUCAGCCAAGUAUCGAUUAAGAUGUCCAUUGAGUGUUGGUUGAUCAACAGUUUUUGUUGUUGUUUUGUUUUGUUUUCCUUUUCAAUUCACAUUUUCAGCUUUGAAGUAGGUGACUUUAAUCUUGGGGUGGAUGGCUUUAAUUAAGUGUCGGCAUAAUAAUGUCAGUGCUAAUCUUAAAGUUGAUCCCUCACAUAAAGUGACUCAAGGAAGGGAUGCCAGUCCAUGAUAGCUUGCCUCUACACCUUUAUAAACGUGGUUGGAGAGAGGUAAUGUGAAAGUAAAGUGUCUUGCACAAGAGCACAAUGUAGUAACCCCAUCCAGCUCUUGCGGCCAGACCACUCAAUUCAGAGUCCUGCCUAAACCACUAGGCAACCAACCCUAUACUUAGUUUAAUGUCUGUCUUUUCCAUCUUUAGAUCCAAGAACUUCAAAUUGGUUAUUUGUUCCAUCCAUCUGGUCUCCUGUAACUGCAGUAAUAACUUAUUUGUUGUUAGUAUGGCUGGUUCCAAGAGUCAUGAGAUCCAGAGAAGCUUUCAAACUUACCACCCUACUAGUAAUUUACAAUGCUGCUUUGACAUUACUGAAUUUAUACAUCUGUGUUGAGCUUUUGAUUUCAACUAUUGAUGCUGGGUAUAGUUAUUCCUGUCAAGAGUUUUCAAUGAGUUCUGAACCCAAGGAAAUGAGGAUUGCUUCAGUCCUGUGGUGGUUUUAUUUCUCCAAAAUUGUGGAACUUUUCGACACUAUGUUUUUCCUUCUCCGUAAGAAGAACAAUCAAGUAACUUUCCUUCAUGUUUAUCACCACACAACUAUGGUUGGCUUGUGGUGGAUUGGAAUGAAGUGGGUAGCGGGUGGACAGUCAUUUUUAAGUGCAAUGAUUAAUUCUAUGGUACACGUCUUUAUGUACACUUACUAUGGUAUGUCAGCUGUACCAAGUUUAAGGAAAUACCUUUGGUGGAAAAAGCAUCUAACACAAUUUCAGUUGACCCAGUUUUGUAUGCUUCUCUGUCAUGGUGUUGUCUCACUCUAUGUCAAGUGUAACUAUCCUCUGUGGAUGCAGUAUGCCUUGAUUGGUUACAUGAUCUCCUUCCUUGUUUUGUUCUCAAAUUUUUACAUUCAUGCAUACUUUACCAGGAAGUUCAAUAGGCAUGAAAAGGGUGUAGCAAAUGGAACAGUCAGGGAAAGUGCUGAUAUCAUGGCAAACGGUAAAGUCAUGACUAAUGGAGAAGUCAUAGCAAAUGGGAUAGCAAGCUCCGAUGUUGAAGAUAGGAAGAAGCGCAUUUAAUAUCAAGAUAGAUGGUAGAGAUUUAGGACAAAAGUUGAUGUUUAUUUCAAAAGUUCACAUCAUUUCUCUCUCCUAUGUAGCGGCUCAACAAGGUGUGUUUGUGAGAUUGCGAGAUUUUUUAUGUAGGCUAAAAGCCUUUGCAGAGGAAAAGAAAUAUCCUGGUUUGUAAUUUUAAUCUGGGUUGGGGGGGGGGGGUAUUAAGGGUUAUUUUUUAUGUGGUGGUUUUAAGGCGCUAGCAAUGGAAGUCAAGGCAAGAAAAUGACUCUAAUGGACUAAGGCCUUGAAGGCAAGAAAAGUGACAGUUUAGUAGGAGCUGUUCCAUUCCAAAAUACUGUAAAAAGGUAACUGAAUUUAUGAUACAAAACGCUGCAGGGCUGGCUGUCUAAAAAAAAACUGAUAAUAUAUCUUAUCUUUCAUGUACAUGCACAUACCCAAAAUGUAUAUUACAAAGUCAUUUACUUCAGUAUAACAAAAUGUAUUUAGCUCAUAUGCAUAACAUACAGAAAUUAAGUGAUGAUUAUAAUUAUUGUUAAAUACAUUGCAUAAUAAAAUGAUCAUAUAAUAUAAAUUUAUACAUGUAGAUCAAAAAAGACAGUGUGUGUUUAUACAAAGAAUCAAUUUAGCUCUCAGGGUCCCAAGUUAUUUAGGACUCCAGGUUUAGAAGCUAAAAUACAUUUAACAACCAAGCCCCUGUUGCUUUACCUCAAGGCCCUUAAGAACAGAAAUAAGCAUCUAUUUCCAGGCUCUAACAAAGAAAAGUUUUUGAAUUCACACAAGGGUUCCAGAGACACCCCUCUCCUCUCUUCCUUGGGACCCUAAGCACUAAAUGUUUUAAAUUAGAAUAUUUUAUCUUUAGAACCAAAUUGAGAGAGUUUGUUAGUCUUAGCUUGCACAGCAGAUAGUGAAAAUUAUGGGAGGGAAGAGUGAGGAAAAUUUUGUUAGGAAUAAGCACAAUCGUAAGGAAAUUGGUGAGGACAAGUUUCAUACACAACUACAAGGAAAUUGUGUUCUGCUUUCAAAUUAUUUCCGUGG